UAAAUCAAGCUAGUAAUACACAUCCAAUUCCCGAAUUCUUGUUCUUAAUUUUGUUCUUACGAUCCGCUCUGUAAACCGGAUCAUUUGGUGGAUUUAUUGUCCAUCAGAUUGGUGCUCUCGUUGAGAUUUCGAGAAUCAUACUCAGAAGAAAUCCUCCACAACGACGAUGGUGCAAACACGUAGCAACGCCAACAUAGGUACCGGAGUUCCCCAACAGGGGGAGAACAGCGCCACCGGAGGCAGGCACCCCCCCAUCACCACCGGGGAGGCUGAGGCCCUCAUUCAGAGGGUUGGGAUCUCGGCCGAACAAUUCAAGGAGGUGCUGGCCGCACUUACGCCCAACCGCGAGGUUGUGGUAGGAGAUGUGGCUGGGGGACCCACAGGCGAGAAGGCUGGACCUGCAGGCUCCCAAGGAAAAAGGAAAAAAGUGAGGCGGUCCCAAAAGAAGAAGGCGACCAAGCCUAAUGGGAAGGCUAUGAUGGCAGAUGCGCUUUCCAGGAUGGAAGAAGAGGACGAGUCGUCCUCCUUCGAGCGGAUGUCUGCUUUUGACCGUUUGGGAGACCCCAAGUCGAAGAAACCACGGACCUCUGCGUUCGAAAGGCUGCAGGACACUCGGUCGGCCCGAAAAGGCGACUUGAGAGACACGCUCAAGGAGAAGAGAGGGGAGUCCACAGCGACCUCCAAGGUCGGUUCUGAGGAGCGACGGACGAUAGUCGGGGAUAAGGGCGUAGCCGAGCUGUGGAAAAUGUACGAACAACUGGAGAAGCGGCUGGAUGCCCAGAACCCCUAUCGCCAGGCGGUCUUCAGUGAGGUAACGCCCUUCUCCAGAAGGAUAAUAUCCUGCCCUCACCCAGAUAAUUUCAAGACUCCCCAGAUCAAGGCAUACAACGGGACGACCGAUCCCCAAGACCACCUCGCUCGCUUCGGGGCCAACGUGGUCAUGUAUGCAUAUCCAGAAGAAAUCAAGUGUCGGUGCUUCCUGGCGACACUGGAAGGGCAGGCUUGUGAGUGGUUUCACAAGUUACCCAAGGGGUCGAUAGAUAAGUGGGGCGACCUGGCCCACAAGUUCUUGGAGCACUUCGCAUCCAGCCGGAGACAAAAGCUCCCCUUCUCGCAUUUGCUCAAUGUGAUGAUCCGGAAGGGGGAACAGCUCCGGGAGUUCAUUAAUAGGUGGGAGAAGGAGGCUAGGGAUGUCCAAGGGGCGGACGACCAAGCCCUGAUCGCCAUGCUCCAAGCUGCACUCCCCCAAGGGGAUGUGCGUAAGGAGCUGCGACGGAAUCCUCUCUCGACCUAUCAAGAGAUGUUGGCCAGGGCGAAGUACCUGGCGCUGGAAGAGGAAGAUGAUGAGCCACCAGUCCGGAAGGAGAAGAAAAGCGGGCCACCGGCCGGGGUAGGAGAUGGCACCCACCGACUCUGGGUCGACAUGGAAUUUAUGGUAGUACAGCUCGACUGUGCACACCAUCUGAUUCUGGGACGACCAGGGUUGGAGGACCUGGAGUGCGUAAUCUCCCCCGUCCACUUAUGCCUAAAGUUCAACACUCCCACAGGGGUGGGAGUAGCAAAGGGGAACCAGAGCCUGUCACGGUCGUGCUACAUCAGGGCGACCAAAAGCCAAGCCCGAGUCGACGAGAAUGUGAGCACGAUCUGUGCGGCGAUCUAGAAGGAGGAGGGGCGACCCCGAGCUGAGCCGGCGGAAGAGGUCGAGGAAGUUUCUUUGGACCCAGUUGAGCCAGAGCGGAAGGUGAAGGUAGGCAAAACCUUACCGCUUGAAUUAAAGGAGUAGUUAUUGG